AUGAAUACCAGGGCACAGGACGCUUUGGACUUGUCUUCGGACCAGCUGAUUGGCUCAGCCCUGAAGGUCAUGAAAUUGUCUGUGGAUAACCGUCGAGGUAUAUCCGACCAGCCGAUCGUGAAAAUAACCCAGCCCGAAGUCGCGCAGAAGUUCGCUCGUCUUGCGAGGCCCCAGCAUCACCCUAUACCGAUCGACACCGUCCUCGAGAAUGCGCGAGAAGUGUUUGACCACCGGAUCCGCAUGGACCAUCCGAGAUUCUUUGGUUUCAUACCGUCUCCCGCGUCCGACUGGUCUUGGCUGGGGGAGGUGCUCAAUACAGCGUUCAACACACAUGCUGGCAGCUGGCUUCAAAGCUCUGGGCCAAGCGCAAUCGAGCAAUCUCUAAUCUCCUGGAUGGCUUGUGACUUGCUCGGUUUCCCCCCGACUGCGGGAGGCUGUUUCGUUUCGGGCGGGUCGAUGGCAAAUCUGUCGGCGCUCAUGGUGGCCCGUGAUCAAAAGCUGGAUUUCGAGGAAAGGACACGAGCAGUCAUUUACACUUCUGAUCAAACCCAUUCUUCCAUUGUCAAAGGUCUCCGCAUUCUCGGGUUCCACGACCGGCAGGUCGCCAAAAUCGAAUGUGAUCAACAUUUCCGGAUGAACACGGCCAUGUUGCGUCUGCGGAUCGAGCACGAUCGUCGAUCUGGGAAGAAACCUUUCCUAGUCGUGGGGAGUUGUGGUACAACGAAUACGGGGAGCGUUGACCCUUUGGAUGAGCUGGCUGCGAUUGCACAAAAGGAAGAUCUAUGGCUCCAUGUGGAUGGAGCGUAUGGUGCAUCCGCAGCACUGUCCAAGAGCCGGAAGUCUUUGAUCAAACAUGUGGGGCUCUGUGACAGUAUCUCUUGGGAUGCCCAUAAAUGGCUCUUCCAGACAUACGGCUGCGGAAUGGUACUGGUUCGCGACCGGAAACUUCUCAUGGACUCAUUCCGGACUGGUGCCGAGUAUACACAAGACGCCCCAGAUGGACCUGAAGAGUAUCCCAACUUUUGGAAUUACACCCAAGAAUUGACGCGUCCCGCAAGGGCCAUGAAGCUAUGGUUCUCCUUUCAGAUGUUGGGACUGGAUGCUGUACAAAGGGGUAUUGAACAUGCGUUCGAACUGGCAGAAACGGCGCAAGCCACUCUGGAGAGGCUUGAACACUGGCAAGUCCUGUCACCGGCACAAAUGGGCAUCAUUUGUUUCCGAUAUCAACCCCCCGGGCUCGACGAAUUCGCCCUGGAAAACCUCAACAAGGAAAUAUCAAGGAUUGCGAUCGAGAACAACGUGGCUGCAGCAUUGACCACGCGAUUGUCGGGGAAACUUGUCAUCAGGAUAUGUAGCAUGCACCCCGAUCUGAAAAACGACGAAAUGAUGCAGAUCAUCAAAAGCCUGGAUCACAUUGCACAAGCUAAACUGCAGAAAUAG